AGUUUAUCUGUUGGAGAUGUUGUCAGCUGCCACAGGGGAAGCAAAGAACUUUGAACUCUCAUUCUGAUUUGCAAACUUUCAGUUUCUGCAUAGAAAUCCAUGGUGAUUGGUGUCUAUGAGAAUACAUCUGUGAUACUAAUAUGACUAGGAAAGGUAGCUAAUAUACAUUGGCCUCAUGCUUUAUGUGAGGCAGUCUGAAGCACUUGAAGAGGAAGUAAGAGUCUCAGAAAUUACGAAGGCCUGAGUUGUUUUCAUUAAUGCUGUUGUGCUUCUCAGAAAUGGCAGAACUGGGAUUCAGAAGAAAACUUGAGAGACAUUUGAGAGAAAGCUGGUGCUGUGUGCUAAUUUUGCAUGUGCAUGUGUGUGUUCAUGUGUUCCAUCACUCUGAAAGACUGCCUUGGUAGUCAACCCCACCAUUAAUCCAUAAUUCGUAAUUCAUUCUUUUCACCAUAGUUUUGUCUUUUUGAGAAUGAUAAAAGGAUUGGGUCACUUUUGGUCCAGAGUGAAACUUUCAUAAUAUAAGGGAGACCACAAAAUGUAAAGGAUUAUGUACAUUGUCCUAUGUUUUCUGUUGACAGAAAUUCCAUCCUCUGGUUCCCUUUUCUAUUUAGGACGUUUUUUUGUGUGUUCCCCUUAUUUCAGGGAAGAAUUUCUAACAGUACAGUUGUAUACCUUCUUGGUGACCUAAAAAGAAACAAUAAUAUGCAUUAGGUUUGUAGCAACCUCUGCUUUUUGGGUGUAUGUGAGAAAUGAAGUUUUUUAACCGUACCUUAAGUUCCAGCAUAUAUCUAUUACCAGAAAUAUUUUUUCAGAAUAUUCUCCCUUCUUCCUUGUAAAGUCACAGAGAACUUUUGGGGCUCCUCAGCUAGGUCACAGUGGCCAAAAGACUGUGCCUCGUCUUAGAAUAGAAUCAGUAUAUUAUUUGUGAUACAAAACAAAGUAACCAGUAGUUCUUCAAAUUCCCACUUCCUGUUCAUUUCCUCCAGACACAAAAUAGGUUUGAGGAAAAAAGUAUUUUCCUGAUGCUUUGAGCUGCCUGUGUUUGGGAUUCAAUGUAUUUUGGGUGCUUAUUGCUUAACUGGGCUGAAGAUUAUCUCAUGUGACAGCAUAGAUCUCUUGUUUUGGAAUUGCCAUUACUUUCUAGAACAGCCACUCUGUACACCGGCCAACAUGCCCUGGAUCCUCUUGCUUCAUAUUACAGUGAUACUGCUUUGUCAGGGUAGAAUUCAGCCUCACAGGGCUGGUGUCAGUCUCUGCUGACCUCAUGCCACAGUACAGCAUGUUCAAAUCUGGGAGAAACCCGAGGGUUAUUCGACACAUUCCUCCUCCUUCUCCCUCACAAGCAUGGAACCCUCACUCUCCUCGGAAACCAUCGAGCGGUUGGAACUAAGCAGCCUCCCCCAGACUUCCAGUGCGGUGGCCUCCAGCACUGAUGGCAGCCUCCACACAGACGCUGUGGAUGGAACACCAGACCCUCAGCGCACAAAGGCUGCUAUUGCUCACUUGCAGCAGAAGAUCCUGAAGCUCACAGAACAAAUCAAGAUUGCACAAACAGCCCGGGACGACAACGUUGCCGAGUACCUAAAGCUUGCCAACAGUGCGGACAAGCAGCAGGCCGCUCGUAUCAAGCAGGUUUUUGAGAAGAAGAACCAGAAAUCUGCCCAGACCAUCCUCCAACUACAAAAGAAGCUUGAGCACUACCAUAGGAAGCUCCGAGAGGUGGAGCAGAAUGGGAUCCCCCGGCAGCCAAAGGAUGUCUUCAGGGACAUGCACCAGGGUCUGAAGGAUGUGGGAGCAAAGGUGACCGGCUUCAGUGAAGGUGUAGUGGACAGUGUUAAAGGUGGACUCUCCAGCUUCUCCCAGGCAACCCAUUCAGCAGCAGGGGCCGUGGUCUCUAAGCCCAGAGAGAUCGCUUCACUAAUUCGGAAUAAGUUUGGCAGUGCAGACAAUAUCCCUAACCUGAAGGACUCUUUAGAGGAAGGGCAAGUGGAUGAUGCGGGAAAGGCUUUGGGAGUAAUUUCAAACUUUCAGUCCAGCCCCAAAUAUGGUAGUGAGGAAGAUUGUUCUAGUGCCACGUCAGGCUCGGUGGGAGCCAACAGCACCGCUGGAGGCAUUGCUGUAGGAGCAUCCAGCUCCAAAACAAACACCCUGGACAUGCAGAGCUCAGGAUUUGAUGCACUACUACAUGAGAUCCAGGAGAUCCGGGAGACCCAGGCCAGACUAGAGGACUCCUUUGAGACCCUCAAGGAACAUUAUCAGAGGGACUACUCAUUAAUAAUGCAGGCCUUACAGGAGGAGCGAUAUAGAUGUGAACGAUUAGAAGAACAACUAAAUGACCUAACAGAGCUCCACCAGAAUGAAAUCUUGAACUUGAAGCAGGAAUUGGCCAGCAUGGAAGAGAAAAUUGCAUAUCAGUCCUAUGAACGGGCUCGGGACAUUCAGGAGGCCCUGGAGGCGUGCCAGACCCGCAUCUCCAAGAUGGAGUUGCAGCAGCAGCAGCAGCAGGUGGUACAGCUGGAAGGGCUGGAGAAUGCCACUGCCCGGAACCUUCUGGGCAAACUCAUCAACAUCCUCCUGGCGGUCAUGGCAGUCCUUCUGGUCUUUGUCUCCACGGUAGCCAACUGCGUGGUUCCCCUCAUGAAGACUCGCAACAGGACGUUCAGCACUUUAUUCCUUGUGGUUUUCAUUGCCUUUCUCUGGAAGCACUGGGAUGCCCUCUUCAGCUACGUGGAACGGUUCUUUUCCUCCUCCAGAUGAUGCUGGCACAAGAAGGCAGUGCUCCCCUACCCUCUGGCGAGUGCAUGCGGCGAAGAAUUAGACAGCAACUUACCUACUCUGAAGUUUUCUACAACAACAAAAGAGUUGAGUGAAUCUGUUUACAUUUAGAAUAAUGUUUUUUUCUUCAAAAGACGCAAUUGCAAUAGUAUUUUUUAGAUUUUAUCCAAGAAGUUUUUUGGGCAAAAAUCUUGGAUCAUUUUUAUGUAGCAUGAUUUUCCUUGGGAUGCAGAUCUUAAACAGUCCUUUAACAUGAACCAACAAUCUGGAGCACACUGAAGGGCAUUCUAAAUUGUGGCUUGAAGGACUGCACUAAAAUCCACUAAAAAGAUGCGAAAACCUGAUUAGGGAAACCAGUUAAACCUAACACCCUGCCUUGUCUGGGCUCACCACCUCUCCCCCUCCCAGACUAACUUUACUGUGAAGUCCUACCACAUUCCAUGUCUGAAUUUCUGGAUUCAGGGUGGAUUUUCCUUGUCCGUGGAAGAACACAUGGAUCUCCCUGGCUUUCUCACCCAAGUUGGCCACUCAUGGUAACCCUGGAAGUAUGAUCACUUUUGAACCUGGUCCCUUAACCUUUGCUAGGAUACACAAGUGAGAGCAUCAUGCCCCAAAGGAUCACUGCACAGUCCUACUACAGUAUUUUGAAGUAGCCCUCUAAAUACUUAACUUUAAGCAAAUCCCGUGGCCGCACUUUUAAGGUUUUUUUAAAUAUGUGUAUAGUCACCAAUUUAAAAAACAAAAAAUCUGAACAGCAUACUUGAAGAAUGUAAUACUCAAACUCUCAGUGCUUCCUUAUGGUUUCUAAUAGGAUUUUUUAUUAUUGUUAUUAUUAUUAUUGGGUUUUUUUGGAAAGGGUUGGGAGGGUCUUUUAUUUUUUCCUUUGAAAUAAAGAAGUGAUGUUUUUAAAUGAAGAAAUGUGUGGAUAUUUAAGUGUGCUGCUCCCUCUUGUCUUGAAACAAUUUGAGUAGAGGAACACUUGCUGUAAAUGCCACCCUCUGACACCCUUGUUUUGAGACCCAGCUUAAACUCCAUCCUCUGGCUGCUGCUACUGCUUUUUGGUGUCCUGCCACCCCACACCACCACUUUAUGGGCUUGGCUUGGUUGGAGAGGAAAGGGGUGCGCAGGGAGAGGGGGAGGCUGUUUCCACAAGCCAGCAUGAUAGGGUAGAGAUUUUUUUUGCCCCAACAAUAUGUUUACCCAGUGACUUUGGGCUGGGAUUAUCUGUAGGAAAAAUUGAGACUGUACUAUGAGAGUCAUAAGUAAUUCCUUGUGUUUUCUUAGUUCAUUUUUUAACACCCCCUAAUUACUGAAACCAAAGUGAUGUGGAAUCUUCUGUCUGCAUUUUGGCCCCAGCAUCUUUAAUUUCAAAGCUUUAUUCUGUCUGCCCAAGAGAAUCAACUGAAGGUGAUUUCUCCCUAAAGAGCAGAAAAGCAAAUGUCAGGUUAGAAGGACUCACGUUUGGGGUAUAAAAUGUUGUCAGCGUCCUCUUCAUCUAAACUGACUUGUUAACAUAACUAUGCUCAGUGGACCUUUAUAGACAGUUUAGAAAAAUGGACUGAGCCUUCUUCGCCAUCCUAUAACCAGUUCUACCAUCCUGGCGGAACUUGAGCUUUUAGAGCCUAUCUAGAAAGCUUGGCCAACCUUUUCGUAUUCAUAGUAUUGAAUCACAAAUGCUGUUGCCUCUUGGCCUCUGUUCUGUGCAACCAGGUGAUGAGCAAGGGGCACAUACUUUGCCCUGAAAAGAGUAGCAAAGCAUGCCCUGCCCAUCUCCCCUAUACCAGGAAAUUCUUCUGGAACUGGGUUAACACUGCCUGUCUGUCUGAGAGGAUGGCUUACAUGACAGCUCCAGCCUCCUGUGGCUUGGCAGGCUGGCCUUCUCAGAAGCAGCACGUUGUUUCCAUAAUCAUUUUCAUAUUUUAACUCAGGUACCCCAAUCUUCACUCCAUCCCCCAAUGAUUGUAGUACACCUGUUAGCUCUGUUGACCUCUCAAAAUCAGUGCCCAGAGCAGGCACCACAGGGGUGAUUUUUCUUUUAAAAAAUAAUUGGAACCAAUUUAUGUUCAGGCCAAAAACAAAUUGUUCUCAAGCCUAUGUAUUUACAAUGUUAACUUUGCCUAAAGGUAUUGCAGUGACUUUAGGCAGAAGUGCCAAAGGACACCAUGACCUUGUCGAACUAGCACAGUUUUUCCUAAUUUUGUGCUUUAGUGAGGGAAAGACAGUCCCACAAAGUUACUGGAAAGAUGCUCUAGCCACAAUCCUCCAGUUUUUCUAAGACAGAACUUCUGAGUCCCGUGAACUGUGUAGAGACUACGAAGUAUUGUGGGCACUGGAAGUCACUGGCUAGAUGGAUUGAAAUUGUUCCCAUUUGCCUCGGGACAGUUUCUGUCAAAGGAAGGUUUUCACCUCUGGAAAGCCCCCUGAGCUCCCAGCCAAACAGGCCCGCGCUGACUGUCCAUCCUCCAUUCUCAAAAUGUCCUCGGAAGGACCUCCAGGCUAGGUCAGGCACGGUAAUGGCUUUCUAGAUCUCUUGUCCCUUGAUUAUUCACCAGGCCCAACAGUUGUCUGCAUUUAAUGCUGUUUGUAACCGUGCAUCUAUUUUCUUGCCUUCCUUCCACUUUGUGCUGCCUAUACCUGUUGCCUUUGAGCUUCUUUGCAUUGUGGCUGUUCCUGGGUUCUCUUAUCUAUUCAAAGCUCUUCUAUAACCUCGCUCUAAUGGUUUAACAGUUCUGUGGAUGGAAACUUAUCACUCUAAUGCUUCUUCUCUUUUAAAGACUACAAGCAUUCCAUUUGAAAUGAAGCAUUCCUGGAUUACUGGUUAGUGCUGGUGUGUGAGGCUGACUAUGGUAGCCUGGGUGACUCUGUUCAGGUUGUAGAGUGACUAACGUUUACCUUUUUUUAUGAUAGUUGAACAGCACUUCUGUCUGCUCCAAUUUCAGUUCUUUGGAAAGAUAUUCAGUGCAUCCUAGCAAGGAAGGCUUUCUAUUCCACUGGCUCCUUAAGAAGCAAAAGUAGGUUAAAUUUUACACUUGCCUGACUGGGUGGGGUUUUCUCUCUCCCCUGUACCCCCUCCACCCAAUUGAGGUAAAAAUCUGAUACGAAGAAAAACUCAGAUCAAGCCUUCCUUGCUAGCCAUGUCGUAACAAUGAGCAUAAUUUUCAUGUGGUCUUUGCUGUAUUUGGUUUUGUUUCUGAUUUCAUAUUCCUUUGAGGUACAGUCAGAUGAAAUGCUGAAUUCCAAGUGAGCUCCAGUGAGGAGCUGCCUUUCAACCUCAGAAAAUGUGCAUCCAAAACAAAACCAAAUAUUAUCAAAAAACUGACACAGGUAAAAUUAUGGUUCCCACCCCCACGUGAAGCUGGGGAUUUUGAACGUGGCUCUAAGAGUUAACAUUUCUGUCUGUGUGUCGUGUAUGCUGGGUGAUGCCCUCAGUAGGAUUGACUACUAGACUGUAAGUGUGUUUUAUCAAAGUGUGUAAGAAUAAAAACUCACUUGCACGAAUUGAAAAGUACAGAAAUGACACUUGUGAACGUGUGAACAUUAACACUGUAGUUGAUAGAUCUUAAGCUGCUAAUUGUUGAGAGAGAAUUACAUUUUUGUUUUGUCUGGUUGCUGCAGAUUCUCAGCAGCACUUUUACUGUACAUACAAAUUGAAAUAAAGACCUCAGCUAUUAACGAGGUGGUUGGA